AUGAAGAAAUGGGGUAGCUCAGACUUGGGGGAGUCUGCAGACCUGCCCCAAGAGGAUUGCUGCCCAGACUCCUCAGAUGGAGACCCUGACUCCAAGCCACCUCCAGCCAAGCCCCACAUCUUCUCCACGGCCAAGAGCCGCACUCGGCUCUUCGGGAAGGGUGACUCGGAGGAUUCUUCUCCUAUGGAUUGCUCUUAUGAGGAAGGCGAGCUGGCCCCCUGCCCCAUCAUUACAGUCAGCACUGUUCUUAUUCAGAGGCCUGGGGAUGGCCCCACCUGUACCAGGUAACUGUCCCAGGACUCAGUCACUGCUGGCGCUGAGAAGCCCCUGAAGCUCUACGAUCGCAGGCGGAUCUUUGAAGCCGUUGCUCAGAAUAACUGCCAGGAGCUGGAGAGCCUGCUGCUCUUCCUGCAGAGGAGCAAGAAACAUCUCACAGACAGCGAGUUCAAAGACCCCGAGACGGGGAAGACCUGUCUGCUGAAGGCCAUGCUCAACCUGCACGACGGGCAGAACACCACCAUCCCCCUGCUCCUGGAGAUCGCCCGGCAGACGGACAGCCUGAAGGACUUCGUCAACGCCAGCUACACGGACAGCUACUACAAGGGCCAGACGGCGCUGCACAUUGCCAUCGAGAGGCGGAACAUGGCGUUGGUGACCCUGCUGGUGGAGAAUGGAGCAGACGUCCAGGCUGCAGCCAAUGGGGACUUCUUUAAGAAAACCAAAGGGCGGCCUGGCUUCUACUUUGGUGAGCUGCCUCUGUCCCUGGCUGCAUGCACCAACCAGCUGGCCAUCGUGAAGUUCCUGCUGCAGAACUCCUGGCAGCCAGCAGACAUCAGCGCCAGGGACUCGGUGGGCAACACCGUGCUGCACGCAUUGGUGGAAGUGGCUGACAACACAGCUGACAACACCAAGUUUGUGACAAGCAUGUACAACGAGAUUCUGAUCCUGGGGGCCAAGCUGCACCCCACACUGAAGCUGGAGGAGCUCACCAACAAGAAGGGGCUCACGCCGCUGGCCCUGGCUGCUGGGAGCGGGAAGAUUGGGGUCUUGGCCUAUAUUCUGCAGAGGGAGAUCCAGGAGCCCGAGUGCAGGCACCUGUCCCGGAAGUUCACCGAGUGGGCCUACGGGCCCGUACACUCUUCGCUGUACGACCUGUCCUGCAUUGACACUUGCGAGAGGAACUCGGUGCUGGAGGUGAUCGCCUACAGCAGCAGUGAGACCCCUAAUCGCCACGACAUGCUUCUGGUGGAGCCGCUGAACCGACUCCUGCAGGACAAGUGGGACAGACUUGUCAAGCGCAUUUUCUACUUCAACUUCUUCGUCUACUGCUUGUAUAUGAUCAUCUUCACCACGGCAGCCUACUACAGGCCUGUGGAUGGCUUGCCUCCCUUUAAGCUGAAGAACACCGUUGGAGACUAUUUCCGAGUUGCUGGAGAGAUUCUGUCUGUGGCAGGGGGAGUCUACUUUUUUUUCCGAGGGAUCCAAUAUUUCCUGCAGAGGCGGCCCUCAAUGAAGACCUUGUUUGUGGACAGCUACAGCGAGAUGCUUUUCUUUUUGCAGUCACUCUUCAUGCUGGGAACCGUGGUGCUGUACUUCACCCACCGCAAGGAGUACGUGGCUUCCAUGGUGUUCUCCCUGGCCUUGGGCUGGACGAACAUGCUCUAUUACACUCGUGGCUUCCAGCAGAUGGGCAUCUAUGCCGUCAUGAUCGAGAAGAUGAUCCUGAGAGACCUGUGUCGUUUCAUGUUUGUCUACCUCGUUUUCUUGUUCGGGUUUUCCACAGCGGUGGUGACAUUGAUUGAAGAUGGGAAGAACAAUUCUAUGCCCGUGGAGUCCACAUCACACAGGUGGCGGGGACCUGGCUGCAGGCCGCCCGACAGCUCCUACAACAGCCUGUACUCCACGUGUCUGGAGCUGUUCAAGUUCACCAUUGGCAUGGGUGACCUGGAGUUCACUGAGAACUAUGACUUCAAGGCUGUCUUCAUCAUCCUGUUACUGGCAUAUGUGAUUCUCACCUACAUCCUCCUGCUCAACAUGCUCAUUGCCCUCAUGGGUGAGACUGUCAACAAGAUCGCACAGGAGAGCAAGAACAUCUGGAAGCUGCAGAGAGCCAUCACCAUCCUGGACACGGAGAAGAGCUUCCUCAAGUGCAUGAGAAAGGCCUUCCGCUCAGGCAAGCUGCUGCAGGUGGGCUACACACCUGACGGCAAGGACGACUACAGGUGGUGUUUCAGGGUAGAUGAAGUGAACUGGACCACCUGGAAUACCAACGUGGGCAUCAUCAAUGAAGACCCGGGCAACUGUGAGGGCGUCAAGCGCACACUGAGCUUCUCCCUGCGGUCAGGCAGAGUUUCAGGGAGAAACUGGAAGAACUUUGCCCUUGUUCCCCUUUUAAGAGACACCAGUACUCGAGAUAGGCAUCCUGCCCAGCCGGAGGAAGUUCACUUGAGGCAAUUUGCAGGGUCCCUGAAACCAGAGGAUGCUGAGGUCUUCAAGGAUUCUGCUGCUUCAGGGGAGAAGUGAGGGACCCCAUGCAGGACGCGCUCAGUGCUGGGCCUUGGGAUCCCCCCCUGCUACUGGGAACAGCGCUCUGACCACAGUCUGGCUGGGUACUUUCCCAAGACUGCAGUGGACAAGCUGAGGGAAGCACUGUCAGAUGCACAGGAAGAGAUCGCAUCCAACCAUCACUGUCCCCAAGUGAAGCUCUCAACAGGAAAUGAUCUGGCUUCCAAGUUUUUACUGACUUUAUCAAACAGUGCAAAUGGUAAAUCUCUAUUGGGACACGUUAGGCCCGUGUUUUCUUCCUUUUUAUAUCACUGGGGGUAAAAGUCAAUGAAACCUAGAAAAACACCUUUGAGAACAAAAAACUGCCUUUGAUGUAAAAUGCCAAAGCCCCCUCCUCUCUGUAUUGUGCUUAAUCUCUCGCCUGCCCAGAGUGGUCUGGGGAUGAGGACGUUUACUCCCCAGAGAAGGUGGGGGAGGCUGGUCCCAUUCCCACCUCUGACAGAAUCAGGUUGUUCCAGGAGUGACUUCAUCCUGCCGUGUGUUAUAUCACAGUCUCAAAUAUAUUAGCUCUAUUGCAGUUCAGAUAAAAGUGCAGACCACAUCCCAAAGCCACAUGGUGAGAAUUUUUCAAUGAUCUUCCAUUUGUAGUGACCACAAUCCUGCUCCCCUGCAGUGCUACGUUCUUCCAUCCCCUUCCAUCCUGCCAUCCACCAAAUAAACAUAUAUAU